UUCUGUCAAAAUGUACUCUGUCAAGUGUUGGUUGAUGGUGCCUCUAGUGGCGAUAAGCCAUUCCAAGUAACUGCAAUGGCUUGUCAGCAGCAGCAACAACAACAACCCUCCGCCCAAAGUUUAGGCAAGAUGAAUUUGGAGGAAUACUUUGAAAGAAUUGGUUUCCACGACUCUUUUGAUAAACUGGAUCUCGCAACACUGAAGUUGAUCCACAAACAGCACGUCAUGUCAAUCCCAUUUGAAAACCUCAGCAUGCACAGUGGUGGGAGGAACGUCAUGGACCUUGAUGCCACUUUCAACAAGAUCGUGAGGAGCAGACGUGGAGGCUGGUGCCUGGAGAACAACUUCCUGUUUGGCUGGGUGCUGAGAGAAAUGGGCUACGACACCACAUCGUUGGGCUCCAGAGUUUUCAACAGUGUCCUCAAUGAUUUUGGCCCCCUUGAUUCUCAUUUCCUCAACAAGGUUGUCAUUGAUGGAAAGGUUUAUAUAACAGAUGUAAGCUUUGGGGUAUCUUUCCAAAUAUGGGAGCCCCUGGAGCUCAUCUCUGGAAAGGACCAGCCUCAGGCAGCAGGUGUCUUUCGCCUCACAGACAAGGGGGACAUCUGGGUGCUGGAGAAAACUGGUAGAAAGCCAGAGGUUCUCAAUCCAGAGUUUGCAAAAUCAGGUCUGGUGAACAGGAAAGAAAAUAAUCUGAUCUUCUGCUUCUCCUUGGUGCCUCGAGAGGCCGAACAUUUCCUUGAGAUAAACAACAAACUCCAGACGGAGACUUCACUGUUCACCAAUAAGUCCAUCUGCUCUUUGCAAACACCAACAGGAUUCAGAGCCCUGAUUGGCUGGACAUACGGUGAAGCCACCUACAAACCCGACGAAGGCGUUGACGUCUUAGACAUAAGAAACAUAGCGGAUGAUGAGAUUGAGCAAAUUCUUUUUGAAAAGUUCAACCUCAAGCUGCAGAACAAAUUGCAGCCUCUCAACAACAAGUCAUUUUACACAUUCUGAAAUCCUUCACGCGUCAUGUUAUGAAAUUCACCUGGAAAGAUCUCACAACCUGUUUUGAUCAACCACUAGAGCAGCUUGUUAUAGAAUGAUCUAUUUUAAUCAAGAGGUGCUUUGAAUUUAAUAUUUCGUACAAUGAAAUUUGUGCAGUUGCAUUAGGCCUGCUUUUUGUAUAUGUGUAUUCUGAGUUAAUGCAAGGAGCAGACAUGGCGUCCUUAAUGACCAAAAAAAAGUAGAUUUAAAUGCAUUUUCAAAUCUACCAAAAAACUUAACGUGCUGUUUGCCAAAAAUAUAUAUUUGAUAACUUUUUUAUACCAAUGUACCCUGCUAAGCUUCAAGUUAUGUAACAAUGUAUUAUUCUGUGCUUGGAUGUGCUCGACUUCGUCUCAUCUGUACUCUGGGUGCUUUCUCAUAUCAACAUUAUUAAAUAUUUUGCUUGCACAUAUAUUCUUCUUCUGACACACGACUGAGCUUGUGGUUCGAAGGCUGGAGGAGGGGUUGUUGAUGUCGGAGUAUUAUCAGGUCUGGAUCAGAGCCUCUGCAUUCACCUUCGCCUUUAUAUUCCUGAAGGGUCCAGCUGAGGGAGUUUAUGGGCCAUGUAUUGUUUUAUUUUAUGACUAUCUUUAUUGUUAUGCACUUUUCACCCAGUCAAAUACCUUGUCUGUGCAAUGUACUUGGCAAAUAAAGGAUUCUGAUUCUGAUUCUGA